AUGGCUGGUCCAACUGAUAAGGUCCCUAUUCAGGCGGACAAUGUGGAACUCUUUGGUUCCAAUUUGCAGCACUCUUUUCAUCAACUUUUUCAUUCAUGGCUCAAAAAUUGGAAAAAAAAAUUAUUUUCAGUUGCAGACUAAUAAUAUGAGUUUUGCAUGAGAAAAAUUGUUUUUUUUUUGUCUAGCUUUUUUUUGACGUUUUUCUCGAUUUUGAAGUAGUUCUUUACAAACAGUUCGCUCAAAAAACUGAAAAAUGAUUCAGUUUGGCUCAUUUUUUAAAGCUUUUUUUUCCGAAAUUUUCUGUUAAAAUCAGUAAUAAUUCUUUUCUUUUUUCAAUUCUGUUCAGACGUUUUCUCAUUUGAACUACCUCAUAGUGGAUGUUUAGCUUAUAAUUCAUAUAACUGCCUUCUUUUCCAUAAGAAAAAUUGAAAACUUUUUGAAAAAAAACCUUUUUUUCAUCUUUGGCUUCAUUUUUUUAAUUUUUUUAAAGUUUUUUUGUGAAAAACUUAUUUUUGAAAAACGUUUUUCUGGCUAUGAGAUUUGCUCUGGAGUAUUUUUUUCGUUUUUAUUUGUAAACUGAACUUCUGAUUCUUUUUUUAAGGAAAAAAAAUGACCCAAGAACAACUUCAGCGCCUAGUUGAAAAAGUCGUUUCCUGAUAUUGAAAAUAUUUGGGAAAAAGGUUCGUAUUGUAGAGCUUUAUUUCUUUAAAAGCAAAAAUAAUUCAAGGUCUCCGUGGAGUUUGAAAGAAUCGAGAACGCAAAAAGUUUCUGGUCCGAGAUCUACAGAGCGAAAUUGAAGUGGAAAAAUGAGCCUGAACAUCCGACCCAGCUUUUUAUCAAAGUUGGUUUAUCUAAGUUUUUUUCUUUUUGAAGUCUAUGUUUCCUGAAUGUUCGAAUUUCAAUUAAGAGCACAAAUCUAUUUCAAAAAAUUUUUGCAGCUCCCAAAAAUCACCAAAAAUGCUGAGAAAUCGGACGGAUCCGAUAUGCUUCCAACGCUUAUCGAUUUUACAAAGGUACUCUUUUUUUCAGGGUCCGGAAAUUAUUUUGACUCGUUCAGAGAGAAAACUUAUUCCAUCACGUCUACGGUGGAACAAAGAUCCCAAAUUUUCCAACCCCAAAAGUCUACUACUGUGAGGAUUACGGUGAUGGUGGUUACGGUGGAUUGGCUGCAGAAGAUUUAACCGAUCAGAUGUAUGCAGUUGAAUAUAUUCCAGGCUUUGAUGAUCCUCAGGUUGGUCCAAGAAGUUUAAAAAUAUACGGCAGGUGACAGUAGUACUUUGAAUUCCAAACAAUUGUUUUUCCAAUAUGGUGAAACUUCCGUUAUAUACAUGAUUUUUAUCCCUUUUCCCCUAUUUUUGUGUAAUUUUGAUCUUUCCAGAUUCUCCGACUACUAGAAGCCCUGGCCGGCUUCCACUACCAAGCUUUCUCUAGUUCUGACCCCAGAAGUCAAAAAGAGCGGGUGGAUCAAUUCGAUUACGAUCAUAACAUUGAAGAAUCAUUUGCCGACACUAUGGUUUGAAUUUUUCGUAGAAAUUUCCUUCACAACAGAUUCCUUACGGUGCUAUCUCUCAGUUAAUUAGAAAAAAAAUACUAACCUUUCUGGACUGAAAUAGCUGGGAAAAAUCUGUCGUUGAGCUUUCUGUUCUCAACUCAAAGCAGCAUUUAUUCUCCAAAAUAGGCGAGAGGAUCUCUGAAAAAAUCAUGAAUAGAUAAUGAAAAGUGGAGUAAUGAACAGUGGACCUUGCCUCUGCAAAAAAAUAAAAUUAAACUCAGGCAGUUUUCAUCGGAAUUUAAUUUUUUUAAAAAAAUUUAAUAAGAAUAACUAAAUUAUCCCUUCGAGAACAAAGAAAAAAAGAAGAAAAAAAUGAAAGUAUAAAAGCGAUAAAUCGAAAUGAAGAAAAAUUUUUCGAUUCGAGGUCUCAAACUUUUUUUCGCUUUUUUUCAACAACUGCGCCUUACUAAAAUUGAGGAUAACAUAGCUUCAUGAAGAACAAACACAAAGAUUAAUAUUGAUUAAGAAAAAUGAAUCAUGAAUAAAAAAAUAAAUAACAAAUAAAACCUAGGGGAAGAGCGUCACUGUAUUUGCAGUUGUAAUGACUACAGUAGGAGUCCAAAAUUUUAUUUUUUUUUCAAAUAAAUUUCAUUUUUUCAAGUUUUUUUUUCUUGCGUGCUAACACCAGCAUGAUGGUGUUUUAAUGUUUUCAAAUACUGCUGGAAAAACGCGUUUAUAAACCACGACGUUUCAAAACGGGUGAAGCGCGUGGAAGUGGGCGUGGCCUAAUAGCGUAUUUUUCCGAGUUCAUUUUGGAGUUUUUGAAGUCCCCAGUAAUAUUUGCUCAAUACAUUUCUUAAUCUAUUGUUUUCAGUUCAGUUCAGCAAAGAAUCUGGAAGAAUAUCGGCCAGAAUGGUUCAAAGGAAGACUGGAGAAUCUGAAAUGGGCCUACGAAAAAGACUAUGUUCGGAAAGCGUUGGAACAUCCCAGAAUUCGAGGUGCUUGUUUUUAAAUAUGUCAAUAAAUAAAAGUUUCAGGCCUUCCUUGGGUCUUGGUACAUUCCGAUCUGAACGCCACGAAUGUCCUUUGGAGAAAAGGAUCAAAAACCGAUGAUGUGAGCCUUUUUUGUUCUCAUAAGGUUGUAAACGAUUUUUUUUCAGUUAGUCGCUGUAAUCGACUUCCAGAUGGUUUGCAAAGGAUCGAUGGUUAGCGAUAUUAUCAGAAUAUUGACUUUGGGAACUUCUUAUGAAAAUAGGACUAAGAAUACGGAUAGGUUUGUUUUUUUCAACUAUGAAAGGGAGGAUAAAGUGUCGAAAUAUCACGAAAUACGGGUAAUUUAGCGCAAAAAGAAAAAUCUUUUUUUUAUGAAAGUAAGUAUUUUAAUUUGAUGUAGAAGAAGUCUUUCUCGUUUAUUUUUCGAAAAAAAUGUUUAAUUUAAUUUUAAAAGUUUAUAGCAACGUUUUUCUGAAUUUCAACUUUCAGGUAUUUGGAACACUACUACAACAGCCUUCAGAAAAUUGCAAAGGAUGAAUUGAAAUUUACACUCGAAGAUGUGAGUUAGAAAUUCGAUUUUUUUUUUUCAAGACGUGAAUUUAGGUCCACAAAUCCUAUGAGGACCUUUUUGCGCUUUGCUCGACGUUCACCUUGUUCGGAAUUUCGAUUUACUACCAAAUGUACAAAGAAGAAGUGAUUAAAAGCGCGCAAGUGACGGUGGAAGAAGCUUGCGAGGAACUUUUGAGCCGUGCCAAGGGAAUAAUUGAAGACAUGGAGAAGUUUGGGAAUCGGUUGGAGAAUGAGAAAUUGUGA